GACGCGACGUCACUUGACCGCCGCAGAAUGACGGAGCCCAACAGAGAGAAGAUGGCGGCGGCUGCAGGAGAAGGGCAGGAUAACGAAUUGGACGAGCUGCUUGACAGCGCGCUUGAUGAUUUUGACAAGCCCCCUGCAGUGCCACCUAGCAGCGAGGGGGUCUCCGACGCGACGCCAUCUGCGGGAGACGACGACAAACGCCCCUCUCUGUUUGAAGACCAGCAGUUCUUCGAGGCGCUCUUCGAGGGAGAGUUAGCCAAUCAGGCGCGAGACGAGUUUGACAAGGCCAUGAAGGAGCUGGCUCAGGAGGAGCCGCAGCUGGUGGAGCAGUUCCAGCGACUCUCCGAGGCAGCCGGCAAAGUUGGAAGUGAUGUGUCUUCUCAGCUGCAGUUCACUCACUGUCUGAAGGACACUCUCAGCGGCUUGGCUAAAAACGCCGACGACUUGCAGAGCUCCGGAUUGGCCGACGAGGACCUGGCCCUGGACCGGCUGCAUGCGGCUUCCGGAGGGGAAGGGGGCGGGGAAGACGCCAACAUUCUACCCAUCAUGCAGUCCAUCAUGCAGAAUCUGCUCUCUAAAGAAGUGCUGUACCCAUCUCUGAAAGAGAUCACAGAGAAGUACCCUGAUUGGCUGAGCUGUCACCGGGAGUCCCUCCCCCCGGGCGAGUUCCAGCGUUUCGAGGAGCAGCACAGGCUCAUGGGAGAAAUCUGCCGUCAGUUUGAGAGUGAGGGGGGGGAGCAGUCUCAAUUCGAGAGCGUCCUGGACCUCAUGCAGAAGCUUCAGGAUCUCGGGCACCCCCCCAAAGAACUGGCGGGAGAGACGCCCCCCGGCUUGAACUUUGACCUGGAUGGCCUUAAUCUCCCAGGGGUGGGAGGCGGGGAGCAGUGUGCAAUCAUGUGACCACCUCAACCGCCAGCUGAUUGGAGGAAAGCACGGAAAACCCUCGACAGACCAACGGUUUCGAGCGACUUUGUAAAAUAGCUACUGGACACACACAGCCCCUAACCCCUCCCCCAACCACGUCGAAGUGUGACGUUCUGCAGACGGGACAUUUUGAUACUUAAAGAAACGACUACAAAGAUAAUAGAUUAAAAUGAGCAAAUCUAACGUUGAAUGUAAUGAGUUUUUCACUAAGCCUGUCUUAAACUUUUUCUGUGUAUAUGUAUAAAAUAUAAUUUAAGGAAGCAAAGUGGACGUUUUGUUAGCAGCAGAAAAUCUACUACUUCCUUUUGCGAGGAACUGUUUUCAGAUCGUCCCGUGCCUUGCCUGUUGGGCGGUUUGGGAGAGGAGACACAGCGGUUGGAAGGUGUCCCUGAGGCUGCUGGGAGAUGAAUUUUGAAAUGGGGAGGUCUUUCAGAAAUAAAAUAAUGAUGCUGCUGGA